GAUGGACGCUUGACGUUUUAUCCAGGAAAUCAGACUGUGGAUUUGCCUUUCGUAAAUUUUAUGAAAAGAUAUGGCACUGUCUUUCUCAAUGCCUAUACCAAUUCUCCAAUUUGUUGUCCGUCCCGCGCAGCAAUGUGGAGUGGUCUUUUCACUCAUUUAACAGAAUCUUGGAAUAACUUCAAAGGUCUGGAUCCAGAUUAUGUAACAUGGAUGGAUCUGAUGGAGAAGCAUGGCUACCACACACGGAAGUAUGGGAAAGUGGACUAUACUUCUGGACAUCAUUCAGUAAGUAACCGUGUGGAGGCCUGGACUAGGGAUGUUGACUUCCUGCUCCGGCAAGAAGGGAGACCCAUGGUAAAUCUUACUGGUGAUAGGAAGCACGUAAGAGUGAUGGAAGCAGAUUGGCAGAAUACUGAUAAAGCAGUAAACUGGAUAAAGGAAGAAGCUAUUAACCUUGCUCAACCAUUUGUUCUGUACUUGGGACUAAAUUUACCACACCCGUAUCCAUCACCCUAUGCGGGAGAAAAUUUUGGAUCCUCUACAUUUUUAACGUCUCCCUAUUGGCUUGAAAAGGUAACUUAUGAAGCUAUUAAAAUUCCCAAGUGGUCUUCUCUUUCAGAGAUGCAUCCAGUAGACUAUUACUCAUCUUACACCAAGAAUUGCACAGGAGAAUUUACAAAGGAAGAUGUGAGAAAUAUUAGAGCAUUUUAUUAUGCUAUGUGUGCUGAGACAGAUGCCAUGCUGG